AUGUCAGAGAUCGUUCAAGAAUACGCCCAAAGUUUGAAAGAGUUGACAUUCAACUCUCGGCCUAUAAUAGAUACACUCACAACAAUAGCUGCUGAAAAUACUGAUGAAGGGGAUGGAAUUCUAGAUGUGAUCACCGCUAGAAUCUACAAGUGCUUACCUGAACAGAAACUCUUUGCGUUAUAUUUACUUGAUUCUAUCUGCAAAAAUGUUGGCAACCCGUACAAUAUCUUGAUAGGAGAUGAUAUAUUCAAGCUUUUCAGUCACGUUUACCUACUUGUCGAUGAUAAUGUCCGAAAAAAAUUGCAAAAUUUAUUCGAGACAUGGCGUUUGACUAAAGCUAAGGGAACAAAUAUACCGUUAUUCCCACCGGGAGAACUUGAAAAGAUCGGAGCUUUCCUCAAAAAAGCGGGCCCAGUUAACAACGGAAAUGAACUAAGUAACUCUAGGUUAAUACGAGAUAUUGAUGAGUUGUUACCUAUUUUCCACAAUAAGCUAAACAACAAUUCUAAUGACACUAAACUCAAUGAGAGAUUUAAUGCAUUGAACCAGUUGAAGUUUUUAUUGCAAAAUCAGAAAAUGCAGCCCAAUGAGUUGAAGGCCGUCGAAGCACAGCUAAACACCAUUAAACAUCAGGAAUUGAAUAGGUCUUCAACUUCUGCAAACUCGAGCCCUAAUUCCACUCCAACUCUCAGAUCCAACAUCCCUUCGUCUUUACCGGCAACUCCUAAAGUCAAUACGGUCCCAGCAAGCUCUGCUAAUGACCUUUUUGAUAGGCUUAUCAACGAAGGUAUCAUCACCUUUGAGCAAGAUUUCAAUAGUCCUCGGGUCUACGAAAUAAACUACCCUAAGGGGAACCCAAAUGAUCACUCCGAUGUCUUCAGUCUGAUUUUGGGUUAUCAAAUGAUCAGGUCUGAAUAUGAGCAACUCAAGUACAAUGAACUCAACAAGUUGAAAGUGACCUCCCAAUCAGUGCAAGGAUUCAUUUCAAGCCCCAAUGUGUCUAUUCAGUGCAAGAAUUUACUUUAUGAGAGUAAAGGAUUAAAAUGUUCUAUUUGUGGUAAAAGAUUCAAUACUGAUGAUGUUGGAAAAAAUCGAAAAAGAUUACAUUUAGACUGGCAUUUUCGUAUAAGCCAAAAGUUCAAAAGUUCUAGCAAUGUUCAAUCCAGAAGCUGGUACUUGGAUGACGUUGACUGGGCCAAAUUCAAAGAUGAAAAUCUCCUUGAAUUUCAAGUCAACAUUGCUAAUUCUACCCAAUCUUCUUCCCAAUUCAAGCCUCAGGAGUCGAAAGAAAUCCCAUAUGUGAUAAUUCCUUCUACCGAGACUAAUAUGAACAAUAAGUGCUUGAUUUGCAGGGAGCAAGUAAAAGGUUCAUUCAAUGAGGAGUUGGGUGAAUGGUGUUGGUACAAUUGUAUACUACAACCCGGGGAACCUAAGGGAAGUAGAAAGAUAGUCCAUGCUAAUUGUUAUAAUGAGACUCGUAAGCGAGGAGCACUUGAAGAUGCCCACUCUGGGUUGAAAAGAGAAAGGAUCUGA